UGAUGACUCUCCCUGGGCUCACCGCUCGCCCUAUGAAUGUAGAAACUGCUGAGAGGCGACACAUACAGCGGUAUAAACGAGGUUGAGGACAUCGGUGUUAGCUGAGACAAAAGGCUGCUGUCUGCGUGCACCCACAAGGCAUCAUCAUGAGGGAGAUUGUUCAUAUCCAGGCCGGGCAAUGUGGAAACCAGAUUGGUGCCAAAGUAGGUGGCAUGUUUAUAUUUUUAUACUGACGCAGUGGUUGUUUUAGAGCAAUCACUUUUUUUGUGUUGAGACCUGCAUGCUUUUUCUCCCAUGUAACUGUAUUUAAAAUAGGCCUAUGUCGCACUGGAUUUUCCAAGACAUCAAAUUCCCCCCAAAAAGUAUAUGUUAUGGAAAUUAGUGUUUCAUUUACUUAGAAAUAUGAGAUGCUAUUCGAUUGAUAACGGUGUGGUCCUCUUGGACUUGGGCUAGGAGGCAAAGGGUCUGCAGUGGUGUCGCGCAUCUGCGGGGCCGGUGAGUCAUGCUAUCACCAUGCGCAAUAGGGAUAGGGCUACGCACAAAGACCGUUCGGUAUUUUUCCAUGUGUCUUGAACAGGUUAUAGCCAGAGCAAAGUGAGAGAAAGUGGUAUUUAUCUCUUAGUUCAAACCAUUAAACAUCAAAGUUGCAGUACCUACAUCUCUGUCCAAUUCUCAGUUCUGGGAGGUCAUAAGUGACGAACACGGCAUCGACCCCACCGGCAGUUACCAAGGUGACAGUGACCUGCAGCUGGAGAGGAUAAACGUAUACUACAAUGAAGCAUCGGGUAAAUAUACAUCUAUCUGUCUGGACUGGGCAUGAAGUAAUUUCAGCAUGCAUCUGAACAAUAGGUUAAAGAAAAUAAUAAACAUAAGCACACUGUAAUAUCACUUGGCUGUCCCCCAAAUGAAAACAGAAGUAAAUCAAUAUUCCCUGGUGAUGAAAAAUGCAGACCUAAUUUGAUUUGCAAAGUCAUGCUCUGUAGGGCUAAUCCAAACUGAGUAUGUGACAUUGCAACCAUAAUAUCUGUCUGGGUGCAGUGGGCCCUGUGGAAGGGCAGGGGAAAUGAGGACAGAAGCAGGUACCUGCCAAUCUCUCUCUCUCUCUCUCUCUCUCUCUCUCUCUCAUUCUCUCUCUCUCUCUCUCUCUCUCUCUCUCUCUCUCUCUCUCUCUCUCUCUCUCUCUCUCUCUCUCUCUCUCUCUCUCUCUCUCCAGCAUAAUUUCUCUCUCUCCCACUAUCCUCUUUCUCUCCCUCUAUCUCUCUAUAUUCAAUUCAAUGGACUUUAUUGGCAUGGGAAACGUACGUUUACAUGCCAAAGCAAGUGAAAUAGAUAAUAAACAAAAGUGAAAUAAACAACCAAACAGCAAACUCUAUAUCUGUCUCUACAUGGGGGGGGGGGGGGGGGGGUUCAGGUAUACAUCUGUAGUCUCUGGACCCAACCCUAAUGCUUGUCUGCUGUCGGUGUGUGUCAGUCUGAUUUUUAUUAUCCAGGCAUUUUGAAGGUCAUUGCCAUGCAGCAUCCCAUCCUUUGUCUCUGGCUCUUUGCCAUACUGAGCUGUCAGACUCCUUUGCCAAACCAACCAGGCUGCAGAACCUGGGGCCUAUGAGGCCUACAUGUCCUGUGGUUAGCUCUGAUCCUAUUUCCAGUGCGUGCAAAUGCUAAGCAGUAUUGAUCCCUCUCAUUUCACUGUUGUCAGACGUAAAUUGAGCUUGCAACUCUGCCAUCCAUUAUUGUACAUGCAUUGUGCAUUCAUCAAUAAAACGUUUCCUAAAAUAACAAGGCAUUGAUUCAUAGAGAGAUGUGUAUAGCAGCACGUUAACCCUCAUACUACAAACAUAUUUUACAUACAUGGAUUACCAACUAGGGUCAUUGACCCCAAGAAGAAACUAUUGGAAAAAGCAACCAUCAUAGCAAAUAUCAACUUAAUUCUUAUCAAAACAUCAUUAGACAUGUAAAUAAUGUUUUCUGAAAUAAAAACAAUAACCAAACAGACUGUUAUUUUAGCAAAAUUACAGUUAAUUUGCAUAUUCAAUAAAACGAAAAUAUACAUUUUUCCCUUAAAUAAUGUGCAGCUUUUUUCCAAAGUACAAAGUGCUAAAAAGCAGAUUGACCAUCAUUUGAUUGUAGUAUCUUUUCGUUUUUAGAAUUUUGAACUAAAUACUAAUUGUGUCAAAUUUAUGUGGUAAAAAACAACUGCCAUUUAAGGGGACAGUACAACAACAUUUGAAAUAUACUUAAUUUUAUUCACAAAAAAUUAUUAAUCCAUUGAUAAUGAGAGACAAUGACCAAAAACAUGGCUUAGUUUUCUUUAUUUACUUACCCCAUAGCCAGCAUUAGCAUCGCUGCUAGUGAAACAAUGGGAGUGGUAGGGCCUAUGGCAGGAUCCUUACAAAUCCUCAAAGUCACUUCAAACCAAAUGUUAUAGCAACCCGAAUACCACAACAGGUUGCACAAGUUUAUAUAUAUAUAUAUAUAUAUAUAUAUAAAACAUUUCCUGUAGAAUAACUACUUUUCGAAGAAUAUACACCACUACAGGACUAUGUGUACAUUUAGAGGGUAGCUGGUUUCUGUAUUACAGUUCUACCAAGUAUUCAUACCACUGACAGACUUUUAUGAGCUGUUUUGACUGUAACUAAGCAUAUAUGUAAGGUCAUUUAGAUGUUGUACACGGUCAUACCUAGUUAUAACAAGUUAUAACCAUAGGCGAGUACAUAAGGUGCUUCAUUUCUGCAGAUGGUCUGUCUAUUUGGUCAAAAUCACUGAUACAGGUCCCCCUCUAUGUAUAACUUAAUAUUGUCUCCAGAGAAACCCGGAUUCAAAUAAAUACUUUUUUAGAUGUGCCCUAGAUAAUGACUUUUCAGACAAUACACACCAGUACAGCUCUCUGUGUAGAUUCAGAUUGUAUCGGAGUUCGGUAUUGCAGUUCUAUCAAGUAUUUACACCAUUGGCAGACUUUUUAUACAAUUGGCAGAUUUUUAUAUGCACCAAAAUAAGAUAAUGUUGGUUUUGUACACAGUCAUACAAUACGUGGGAUAGAAAAAUUACAAUCUUAGGCGAGUACAUGGGUAGCUACAAUAUAUCUCUGCAGAUGAUCUGUCUAUCUGGACAAAAUCACUGAUACAGGUCCCCUCCACCCUCUGCUGGUAUGGAUAACAUGUUAGUAUGUCUCCAGAGAAACCUAGAUUCAAAUAAAGGUCCUAUCUAUCUAAUUACUAUAGGCGGAAUUAGAUGUUUUUGGCUAGGGUCAAAAUGACCCCAAAGGACUAGAAUUUUUAAAAAGUCUAUAUUGAUACAGAAACACUCAACAAUGAUUUAGAUGUAUUCAGAACAAGUUUAUUGACAAAGUCAUUAAACAUUUUAAUAAUUGAAUAAACCACCUUUGGGCUAUGAUAAAAAAUAUGCCUCGGUAGUAUGAGAGUUAAGAUGAUAAGAUGAUUUGACGAUAAGAGAGAAAAUGUGUCAUGUCUACUGGGAGAUGCCAUCUUGGUCUGAAUCAAUUCUGCACAGCACAUUUUAUUCCCCCUCCCUACUUAGGACUGGAACUAGCACGUUCUCUGUGCUGCAUGCUGCUGCAGUCUUCAAGGGAGGCUAAGUGAGAGAGAGAGAGAGAGAGAGAGAGACAGAGAGAGAAACAGAGAGAGAGAAAGAGAGCGAGAUAGAGAAAGAGAGAGAGAGAGAGAGAAUCAGAGGAAGUCUGUGCUUUGCUCUGUUUAAUAAGUCACUUUACCCCUACCUCAAUGUACAAAUUACCACUACUAACCUGUACCCCCGCACAUUGACUUGGUACCGGUACCCCCUGUAUAUAGCCUCGUUAUCGUUAUUGUUAUUUUAUUGUGUUACUUUUUAUUUCUACUUUAGUUUAUUUAGUAAAUAUUUUCUUAACUCUAUAUCUUGAACUUCUUUGUUGGUUAAGGGCUUGUAAGUAAGCAUUUCACAGUAAAGUCUACACCGGCGCAUGUGACAAAUAACAUUUCAUUUGAUUUGAAGCUGUGCGGGAGAGCAUGGUCAAGGGAUGCCUAGUAUUUGCCCUCAGUUUCCUUUGUAGAAAAAGGCAAACCGUUUGUAUAAACACACAGCCCCUAUUUCCAGAGUCCCAAAUGCCAAUGGGAGGCAAGAUAUUUCCACAAAGCUUUUUGGGUUAAUUUUCUCAGAAUCUAUGUUUACUGUAUAGGUUAUGCCCUCUGAUGUGGCUUCACCAUGCUACCCCACCUAGGGUAGUAAACGGUUUGGAGUAAACUGUUUCCGUUGCAAAACGUUUUGCAACAGACUAAAUGUUUUGCAACAAAAUCCGACUAAUGAAUACACCCCUGAUGUCCCUGCCUCUCCUCCCCCUAAAGGUAACAAGUUUGUACCCCGGGCCAUCCUGGUGGAUCUGGAGCCAGGCACCAUGGACUCUGUACGCUCCGGGCCCUUCGGCCAGCUCUUCAGACCAGACAACUUUGUCUUUGGUGAGUAGUGGUUAUCAUCUAGCCGGAUUCCAGAUAUUUUUGUGCUAUCUUGCCCAGCCUGGUCCCAGAUCAGUCUGUGCUAUCUUGCCCAAUUGGUCAUCAUCAUGUCCUCAUCAGCACAUCCAUCUUUGACCCAAAGCAUGUCAUGUCUGUGUCAGCAUUCACUGUCAUGUCCUUUGAAACAAAUGUUACCUUUCACAUAGAUGAACAGUGUGUUCUAUGUGCAACGUUUUUGCAGUUGUGUCAGGCAGAGACAGCCAGCAUGGUGACUCUGCAGAAUGCAGACUAUAGAGCUAAAUAAAAUCCACCCAGGGACAUCUUACCUAUAUUACUGCAUAAAGUAUAGUAGGCCUACACUCACAUCAGUACAUAUUAGAUUAAAACACUACUUUUAUUAGAUAAAAAAUAUUCAAUGUUGUUUCAACGGAAUGGAAUUGUCUCUUUCACUGGAAACUAAUAAAUAAUGUACACAAUGCAUAUGCGUGUUAUUGGUGACUUGUUUUUCAUUCUCCUAGAUGUGUAUGGCUAGACGUUUAUUAGCUCAAAGAUGCUAUGUCUCUAACCCAGGUUCAUCAUGGGUCUUUCAGGUCAGAGUGGAGCUGGUAACAACUGGGCUAAAGGCCACUACACAGAGGGAGCCGAGCUGGUUGACUCUGUCCUGGACGUAGUCAGGAAGGAGUCUGAGAACUGUGACUGCCUCCAGGGCUUCCAGCUCACCCACUCCCUGGGAGGGGGCACCGGCUCUGGCAUGGGCACCCUGCUCAUCAGCAAGAUCCGCGAGGAGUACCCCGACCGCAUCAUGAACACCUUCAGCGUCAUGCCCUCACCCAAGGUGUCAGACACGGUGGUGGAGCCCUACAAUGCCACCCUCUCUGUGCACCAGCUGGUGGAGAACACAGAUGAGACCUUCAGCAUCGACAACGAGGCUCUCUAUGACAUCUGCUUCCGUACCCUCAAACUCACCACGCCCACCUACGGAGACCUCAACCACUUGGUGUCGGCCACCAUGAGCGGGGUCACCACCUGCCUGCGCUUCCCUGGUCAGCUCAACGCCGACCUCCGCAAACUCGCCGUUAACAUGGUGCCCUUCCCCCGCCUCCACUUCUUCAUGCCCGGCUUUGCCCCUCUGACCAGCAGGGGGAGCCAACAGUACCGUGCCCUCUCCGUGCCCGAGCUGACCCAGCAGAUGUUUGACGCCAAAAACAUGAUGGCCGCCUGCGACCCUCGCCACGGCCGCUACCUCACCGUGGCCGCCAUCUUCCGCGGGCGCAUGUCCAUGAAGGAGGUGGAUGAGCAGAUGCUGAGCGUGCAGAACAAGAACAGCAGCUACUUCGUAGAGUGGAUCCCCAACAAUGUGAAGACUGCCGUCUGUGACAUCCCGCCCCGCGGCCUUAAGAUGUCCGCCACCUUUAUUGGCAACAGCACGGCCAUCCAGGAGCUGUUUAGAAGGAUCUCUGAGCAGUUCACUGCCAUGUUCCGCCGUAAGGCCUUCCUUCACUGGUACACCGGAGAGGGUAUGGACGAGAUGGAGUUCACUGAGGCUGAGAGCAACAUGAAUGAUCUGGUCUCUGAGUACCAGCAAUACCAGGACGCCACUGCUGACGAAGUGGGCGAGUACGAGGAAGACGAGUUGGAGGAUGCGGAUCAGGAUGUCCAGCAGCACCAUGAUGUCCGCCACUGA